AUCUAGAAGCAGAUAAUAAUACAAGUCUUGAGACAAUUUGGUCCACACAACAGAGCUAGUAUGUUUUGCUCCAUAUGCAAGACGGUAAUACUAGUAUUUAAGGAACUGGAUUGAUUCAUCUAUGCCAUACAAUUUAUAGCAAAAAUCCAAAAACAAAAAAUGGGGACAAUCAGCAAAGAAAGUGGGUUAAACGGUUUCCGACCCGAAAAUAAUCGGGUAGAACAACUGAAAGCAUUUGAUGAUACAAAAAAAGGGGUAAAAGGAUUAGUAGAUUCCGGGGCAAAAACAAUUCCAUGUAUAUUCAUUCGACCAUCUGACGAACUCUCAGAAGACUUAAAAUUUCCUAAUGUACAACGCCAAGUACCCAUCAUUGAUUUUGAAGGCAUUGAUCGGAAGGAUCGAUACGAAGAGAUUGUUAAACAGAUUCUAGAAGCAUCCCAAAAAUGGGGGUUUUUUCAAGUGGUUAAUCAUGGGAUUCCUUCCCAUGUUUUGGAUAAGAUGUUAGAUGGGCUACGAAUGUUUCAUGAGCUGGAUGGUGAGAUUAAGAAACAGUUUUAUACCCGUGAACUUAUAACAACUGGUAAAACGUUUGUGUAUAACAGUAAUUAUGAUCUUUAUACAUCACGUGCUGCUAAUUGGAGAGAUAGUUUGUCUAUUAAUGCCUUUUAUUCUAGUGGUCAUAUUGAUCCUCAAGAAAUACCAGAAAUAUUCAGGGAUGUAUGUUGGGAGUACAUCAAUCAAGUACGUAAACUAGGCGACAUUCUAUUGGAGCUCAUAUCUGUGGCUCUUGGACUUGAACCAGAUUAUCUCAAUGAAAAGCUGGAAUGUAGCAAUGGAUGGAGCUUAGUAAACCAUUAUUACCCAGCUUGCCCUGCUCCAGAACUCACAAUAGGAACUAGUAAACACACAGAUCCCUCAUUCAUUACUAUACUUCUUCAAGACCAAAUUGGUGGCCUUCAAGUCUUUAAUGACAAUCAGUGGGUAGAUGUUCAACCUAUUCCUGGAGCUUUUGUUGUAAACAUUGGGGAUAAUCUACAGAUAUUGUCAAAUGAUAAGCUAAAGAGUGUAUACCAUAGAGUAAAAUCUAACUUGGUUGGACCUCGUGUUUCGGUGGCAUUUUUUCUUAAAGGAUUACUAUCAUCUCCCAAAUUAUAUGGACCAAUACAAGAGUUGUUGUCUGAAGAAAAUCCAAGUGUGUAUAGAGAGUUCAGUCUACGUGAAUUUCAGACAAAGUUCUUCACUAGUCCCCUUGGUGAGCGGAUACUUGAGAGUUUCAAGAUACAACAAUAUCGAGAUGAAUCCAACAAAAGUUAAUCUUUGAGUUUUUCAUCUUUUUUCUGCUGAUGAUGAUCUUUCGUCUUAAGAAAAUAAAAUAAAUUAUGUGUAGAUCAGAAAUAAUUUAAUUUCUUGUUAAAACUUCUUAGUUUAAUCUAAGUUAAAAUCCUUAAGCUUAAACUCUUGGUGUGUAUCUAUGGUGGCUUUUCAUAUAUGAUAAAAAUAUUUAAAUUUGUAUAUGUGAACUUAUUAUAAUAUGUUGGUUUAUAAUAUGAUAUCAUAUAAGUAUUGUGUUGUUAAAA